UGGUGGGAUUUGGACAUGGUGGAUCUGACGUGGUGAACUCUCAGACCAUGACACUGACACGCAUUGCGAGUCUGCUGAUGGUGAUGAUGAUGGUGAUUGUUCUGCUGGACUACACAAACUAUGUUUGGAUGCUACCGACUCCCAGCGGAGUUUCAAUGGAGUCUGUAGACAUGAUACACGUACUGAAGUGGCGCCCACUGCAGGAGCCCUGCAGCACUAGAGUCCUUUACUCUGUUCAGUUCCAGGGAGAGUUUGAGCUGAAGUUCCUGAACGGCAGCUGGGUGGAUGCUCCUGAGUGCCAGCAGACUCCUCAUACUUACUGUGACCUGACCUUUGACCUGGGCUCCGACUCCGACUACAACAUCCGCGUCAGAGGGCAGUGCGGGUCUCAGCUGUCGCCUUGGACCACACUCAGCCGACCUUUCAACCGCAGAGACACGGUCCUGAGGGCACCAGAGAUGGUGGUGUCGGCGGUGGGCGAUGCCCUUCAGGUGUCGUUCGACAAGCUUCCUCUCACUGCUAUCGUCAGGGUGACGGUGUGGGAGAGAGGUGACGAGCAGGAGGCUGAUGUGUACAUGAUGCCAGCAGAGGAGAACAUGCUGCAUAUCGCAGCCCUGCAGGAGGGAGCAGAGUACUGCGUCAGAGCUCAGACCAUCCUGGACACACAUCUCCACAGCAGCAGCUCUGACACCCACUGUGUGUCCAUCACAGGUCCAGACGCCACAUGGAAGAGUCCAACCACUGCGACGGCGACUGUGAUCAUCAUGGCGGGUCUCCUGUUCGGUGUAUUCUGGUUCAUCGCUCACUGCCGUCCAGAAGCCUGUCAAAAGUACUUCCAGAAAGAGCCACUGCCCCGCCCACUGCAACCUGAUUGGGAUAUUCAAAUUCCGAUGUACCCUAAAGAGGCGGAGCUUUAUGAGCAGAUCGGUGUGGUGCCGAAAGUCGACCCCCACGAGCUGAGGAGCUCAAACCUUGAAGAUUCAUGACACAUCUGAAGGGGGUGAGGUGUGUGGUGCAUUCAAAUGUUAUGGGAGAAACUGGAACAAGCAGAAGAAAAAAAACCAACUGGAUGAAACGAUUAAACGAGUGACAGAAAAUGUUUCACCAGUACUGCAGACCAGGUUUGUGGCCUAACUUGGUCAGACCACGGGCCUCUGAGGAUUCUCGUUUAAUGAUAAUAGUCAACUAACCUUUGGAGGGCAACCUGAAGACUUUAUUCCCAAGACCAACCACAGCAUCACUCGCUUCAGCAAAUGUCCAAAAUCACGUUGAGAACGGGUUAACAAAAUGUCAGCACAGGAGGUCUCUGAUAGCUCCAUUUCUGGUUAUUUCCUCUUUUAACAGUGACCAUGAUCGUCCCCAACCUUUAAAUUCAUAAAUGUAUUAAGUAUAAUUUAACAUUGUUAAAAGUCAAUUUUACUCAAGUGGCACAUUCCAGGUUACCUAUCUAGGGAAUGCCCAGAAUUACAAAGUCCAUUUUGAACCAUUAUUCACUGUGAAAACUGACUUGCAUGUUCUGAUUCUGUCUGGCGGCACUUGUAGUGUUACAUGUUUACAUUUUGAUGUUGGUGUUUUAUUGUAUUUAUAGUGUGUGUUUAUUUUUUUUACAUAAAUCCUGAUGAAGUGAUGUGAACCAGUGUGUGUGUGUGUAAUUCAACAUGUUAAAAUGGCAAAAACAAUACAAAACCAAAUCCUAGAUAAAUGAGUUCAACACUGAAUCAAAAUAACCUUUUACAAAAAACGUUAUUUUAAUGCAUAAACAGAUUUUUGUUUAUUAAUAAGUUUUAUAAGUUACACAGAACACAGUUCUUGAGUUUCCAUUUUGUUUGAUCAUGAUUAGGAUUUAGAAGUUGUGAGAAUAUCGUCUCAUAAUGUUUUGCCUCAUAUCUUGUAGUAGUGAGACUAUUUUACUACAGGUAGAAAAACUACAACACGUGGGCAUAUGGAAGUAAAACAGUAAAAACAAACAGUUUAUCUACACUAAUUAAAGAUUCAGUGUGUAAGUUUUAGUGCCAUCUAGUGGUGAGGGUAGCAAAUUGCAACAAACAGCUCACUGCAUUCACUUGGUUCUUGGACAAAAUAAUUAUUUUAUAAUAAAUAUAUGAAUUCUAAUGGCAAUUGUAAAUUCAUCAGUAAAAAAACUAACUUUGUACUUUGUACUUUAAUUUCUAAAUCCAACAAUAAAAAGGCUGUGAAAC